GUGAGUGUCAUGUGAAACAAAGCACCUUCCAUAAAAAUACUCACGAUUUGCUCCUCCUCCCGUCCACUUCGUCUUUGGUCUUCCCCCUCCUCCUCCAAAACCAACUCCCGUUUCUCGAUCUCAAUCGAUCCCAUAAAUUCCUCCCCGCGCCUCACAAAUCACCUUCGCCGUCCUGCACGGCCUCCGGCCUCCCGCAGGUGUCUCUUGUGCGUUUCCUCUGCAUCUUCUGCAUCAGAGGUCGCGCGCCUUUUGAAACAAGAUUCGGAGCGGAAAGCUUCUUUUUUUCCUGAAGGAGCAAAAGGUCGCAGGUUCAGAUUCAGAGCUGCAUCUGCGGAAAGCUGAGCGCUUUUGCUCGCCUCUUUUGGCCUUGGGCAAAACAGAUUGGAUCUCUGUGCAGGAGUCUAUUUCCAAGUUUGGGUCAAGUCGAGGAGCUCGAUUUGGGGCUGUGGUGGCAAGCUCGUUUGGAAGAUCCUGAUAGCUAGGAAAUUGGUGAAGUUCUGGUUGUCGCGCAGUUCCGGAAGAGAUGUCUUUCCGCAGCAUAGUCCGUGAUGUUAGAGAGAGCUUUGGAAGCUUAUCAAGGCGGGGUUUUGAGGUGAGGAUUUCGGGUCUCCCUGGUCUUUCCGGCCAUCACAGAGGGAAGUCUGUUGGAUCUCUGAGUGCACUGCACGACCGAGCUGCAAUAGUUGAUCAAAAUGGCUGGGCUGGUCUACCUCCUGAACUACUCCGCGAUGUAAUGAAAAGACUGGAGGAAGGCGAGAGCACUUGGCCGUCCCGCAAAGAUGUUGUUGCUUGUGCAGCUGCCUGCAAGGCAUGGAGAGAGAUCUGUAAAGAUAUAGUGCAGAGCCCAGAGUUCUGUGGGAAACUCACUUUUCCAUUGUCUCUUAAACAGCCAGGACCUCGAGAUGGAUUAAUCCAGUGCUUUAUAAAAAGGGACAAAUCAACAUUAACCUAUUAUCUCUACUUGUGUCUUAGCCCUGCCGUGCUUAGUGAGAAUGGGAAGUUCCUGCUAGCAGCUAAGAGGAAUCGACGGACAACAUAUACCGAAUAUAUAAUUUCUGUGGAUUCUAAAAAUAUCUCGCGAUCAAGUAACGGCUAUGUUGGAAAAAUGAGGUCAAAUUUUCUUGGCACAAAAUUCAUCGUUUACGACACUCAGCCGCCAUACAAUGCUGGGAGCCUUGCCUCAUGCCAACGUGCAAGCCGUCGAAUCUCUUCUAGAAGGGUUUCACCAAAGGUACCCACUGGUAGCUACCCAGUUGCCCAGGUGAACUAUGAGCUAAAUGUGCUCGGCACAAGGGGGCCGAGGCGUAUGCAGUGCACGAUGCAUUCCAUCCCAGCAUCUGCACUAGAGCCGGAAGGUGUGGUACCUGGCCAACCCAAGCAACUCCUUCCUGGUCCAUUUGACGAGUCUUUUCGCAGCACAUACCCCUCCUCCAGGUUCUCAAUUACAGACUUCAGCAGCUCUCGCUUCUCAGAAGUAAGUGGAGUGGUGCAGCCAGACGAGGAGGGUGGGGAGGCUAAGGAGAGGCCUUUAGUUCUCUGCAACAAAGUGCCAAGAUGGCAUGAGCAGCUGCAGUGUUGGUGCCUCAACUUCCGAGGUCGGGUGACCGUGGCCUCAGUGAAGAACUUCCAGUUGACAGCCGCACCACAACCAGCUGCCGUGCCGUCUGAAUCUUCACAGCCGCCCCACCAGCAGCAAGCCCAGCCUUCGAGUUCCUCGUCCUCGUCAUCCGAUCACGAGAAGGUGAUUCUGCAGUUUGGUAAGGUUACGAAGGACAUGUUCACCAUGGACUACCGAUACCCACUCUCGGCGUUCCAGGCAUUCGCCAUCUGCUUGACCAGUUUCGACACCAAGCUGGCUUGUGAAUAGAUCGGUAUCACUAGUGUAUGUGUGUGUGUGUGCGUGAUAAGUGCAUCCUUAUUUGUCUUUUUUAUUUCUGUUGUUGAUUUACUUAUUUGUUCCUCUACUGUCAAGAAUGGCAAGAAAUCUGAAGGUCUCUUAUUUGCUGCAUUUAUUUCAAAGCCUGUGAAAUUGUUUGUACAUUGUAACAGAAAAAAAUAGACAUCUUUGAAUGAUAUGCAUUUUAUUUCCUGGCCAA